UCGCGUUAUAUUUCACGUUUUGUCGUUUUCUAAUAGCUGCGGCUUUUAAAAUAUAUCAGUGAAUAGGUUUUUGCUUCCAGAUAUAACAUUGUUUUGUAUUACAUAGUAUGUGGUAUUUACUGCAUUGAUUUUUAAAUUAUACGAAGUAUUUAAACAAUGUAGAAUUGUGUUAUAAAUAUCAAUUACAGUAUUGACAUACGCGCUACGUUCCGCCAUGAAGCAAUUGUGAUUGUGUACUGUGUUAGUGUCUAAAUAUUUUUGAUAUGCUGUAAGACCAGUAUACGGAUUUAAAAUGGCAAGUCCAUCUCCGCAAAGUAGCCCUAUGCCUCCACCACAGGCGCCUAGCCCAAUGGGACCGCCGACACAAAGUCCGGCACCGCCACAAUCACCUCAUAGUCCUUACAACCAACAACAUGUGAAUGGUCCACCUCCAUCACAUCCUUCGGGUUCUGGACAACCACCCAUGCAAAAUCACAUGCCACCGUCGGGUCCACCUCAUACAAUUGCGUCUAAUACUAACGGUCCACCUGGUGUACCACAACAACAUCCAGGAAUGCCACCUAGUGGUCAUCAAAUGCCACCUCAUAUGGUUGGUCCACACAUGCCUGGACCACCUGGACAUCCUAUGGGUGCUGCUGGUUCUCAUCCACCUGGCCCAAAUGGUCACAGUAAUAUUCCAAAUAAUCCUCAGCAUUCAAAUAUGCCAGGACAAGGGCCUCCUCAUGGAUAUAUGCAACAUCAAAUUGGACACAUGCCAAACCAAGGUCCAAUGGCUUUGACAGGCGGUCCACCACCUGGUAACGGGCCACAGGGCCCACCAGGCCAACCAGGAGUGCCACUCCCACUUGGCGGUCCUCCACCCCACGGUGUGCAUGGGCAAGGAAUGCCUCCUAUGCCACCACAUCAUGGAAUGAUGUCAUCACAAGGAGGUUACUCUCAUGCAGCUCCAUCCCCUAGUGGCGCUCCGACUCCUCCCGGUGGUCCUCCAUCUAGCCAACCGCCUUCUGGAGCACCACCACAACCCCCUGCCGCACAAACCCCUCCCCAUGGCUCAGUACCACCACCGUCUACUUCCUCGGCAAAUGGGGCGCCUUCUUCGUCUCCGAUGCAGAGCUCCCUCGCUGCGUCUGGACCGGACAAUCUAAAUGCUCUGCAACGAGCUAUCGAUUCAAUGGAAGAGAAAGGUCUACAAGAGGAUCCGAGAUACUCGCAGCUUCUAGCUAUUCGUGCGCGAACAAAUUCACAAGAUCCAAACAAAGGACUAUUUUCUAAUACACAACUGGGCCAGUUAAAAGCUCAAAUAGCAGCUUAUCGAAACCUGGCGCGCAAUCAGCCCAUCGCUCAACAAAUCGCGCUGAUGGCGGCGGGCAAACGCACCGGCGACACGCCGCCCGAGUGCCCCACGCCGCCCGCGCAGCCGCCCUCGCCCUACAGUCAGGGGCAACCACAAGCAGGAGGACAAAGCGCAGGAGUCACAGGAGGCAAGGGUGCUGCCGGUGGAGAUGCCGCUCGCGGUGGAGGUGGGGCGCCCCCCACGCCCCUACCAAUGACGGGACAAAUGGCCCCGCCUACUCAACCCACACCGCCUUUGGUGAAUCCGCCAAUGGGAGGCGCGCCUGCAUUGCGAGGCCCCGCGCCGCCCCGCGGGCCCGGCCCCGGAGCUCCCACGGGACCACCAACUCAGCAGCCUGGUGUUCCGACUCCAGGAGCAAAGCAAAAUCGUAUUACCUCUAUCCCCAAACCAGUCGGGAUCGAUCCAUUACAAAUUUUAAAUGAGAGAGAAAACAGAAUCGCAGCACGAAUCGCUCAUCGUAUUGAAGUCCUCUCCAACUUGCCGGCGAAUAUAUCAGACGACCUCCGCUUGCAGGCACAAAUAGAGCUGCGGGCUCUCCGUGUUCUUAAUUUUCAAAAGCAACUACGAGCCGAGAUUCUUGGACAAGUACGUCGUGAUACAACUUUAGAGACGGCUGUAAAUAUUAAAGCCUACAAGCGCACGAAGAGACAAGGAUUACGUGAAGCACGUGCCACAGAGAAACUCGAGAAGCAACAAAAGUUGGAAGCAGAAAGGAAGCGCAGACAGAAACACCAGGAAUUCCUGCAAACUGUAUUGCAACAUGCUAAGGACUUCAAAGAGUAUCAUCGCAACAAUGUCGCUAAGUUGUCUCGUAUGAAUAAAGCCAUCAUGAACUACCACGCUAAUGCUGAGCGAGAACAGAAAAAAGAACAAGAGCGCAUAGAAAAGGAACGUAUGCGACGCUUGAUGGCGGAAGACGAGGAGGGAUACAGAAAGCUUAUUGAUCAGAAGAAAGACAAGCGGCUGGCAUUCCUUUUGUCACAGACUGAUGAGUACAUUGCCAGUCUAACGGAGAUGGUCAAACAACAUAAGCAGGAGCAACGUAAAAAACAACAGGAAGAGGAACGUCGAAAAAGGAAAUCUCGCAAGAAGAAGGUUCUUGAAGGGGGUGAAAUAGACGCAAUGGACGACAGCUCACAAACAUCAGACUCUCGUGUUAGUGUUAUGGAUCCCAAGACUGGUGAAGUGCUGAAAGGCGAAGAGGCUCCGCUGUUAUCUCAACUUAAGGACUGGAUGGAUACUCAUCCUGGGUGGGAAGUUUUAUCUGAUUCUGACGAUUCUGGCGACGACAGUCAAGAUGAUGAAAGGAGAGAAAGAAGGGAGAGGCACCACCAUGAGAAGAGUGACAAAGAAAAGACAGACGAAGAGAGAGCUCGUGAUAUGAUCAAGAAAGCUAAAGUUGAAGACGAUGAGUAUAAGACUGAAGAACAAACUUAUUACAGCAUCGCUCAUACCGUGCACGAAUCUGUCACCGAACAAGCCAGCAUCUUGGUUAAUGGAAAUCUAAAAGAAUACCAGAUUAAGGGCUUAGAGUGGCUGGUAUCUCUUUUUAACAACAAUCUUAAUGGAAUUUUGGCUGACGAGAUGGGUCUUGGCAAAACCAUCCAGACAAUUGCUCUAGUAACCUAUCUAAUGGAGAAGAAGAAAGUUAAUGGGCCAUUCCUAAUUAUUGUCCCUCUCAGUACACUAUCUAAUUGGGUGCUAGAAUUCGAGAAGUGGGCACCCACUGUGCAAGUAGUCUCAUACAAGGGCUCCCCGCAGUCGCGUCGUCUUGUGCAGACGCAAAUGCGCUCCACCAAAUUCAACGUGCUGCUCACCACUUACGAAUACGUCAUCAAAGAUAAGGGCGUUCUGGCCAAGGUGCAAUGGAAAUACAUGAUUAUCGACGAGGGUCACCGCAUGAAGAACCAUCACUGCAAGCUGACACAAGUGCUCAACACGCACUACGUGGCACCGCACCGCCUGCUGCUGACGGGAACGCCGCUACAGAACAAGCUGCCGGAGUUGUGGGCAUUGCUUAACUUCUUACUGCCCUCCAUAUUCAAGAGCUGCUCCACCUUCGAGCAGUGGUUCAACGCUCCUUUUGCGACUACCGGAGAAAAGGUGGAACUGAAUGAGGAAGAAACGAUCCUUAUUAUUCGUCGUCUACACAAAGUUCUACGUCCAUUCUUAUUACGGCGACUUAAAAAGGAAGUGGAGAGUCAGUUGCCCGACAAAGUGGAAUACAUCAUUAAGUGCGACAUGAGUGGUUUGCAACGCGUACUUUACAAACACAUGCAGUCGAAGGGUGUGCUGCUAACAGACGGUUCAGAGAAGGGCAAUAAAGGCAAAGGCGGAGCAAAGGCGCUUAUGAACACCAUUGUGCAGCUUCGCAAGCUCUGCAAUCACCCCUUCAUGUUCCAACACAUUGAAGAAAAGUUCUGUGACCACAUUGGUACCGGUGGAGGAGUCGUUUCAGGACCGGACCUAUAUCGAGCAUCUGGAAAAUUUGAACUUCUGGAUCGCAUUUUGCCCAAAUUGAAAAGAACUGGACACAGAGUACUAGUGUUCUGUCAAAUGACGCAGUGUAUGACCAUCAUUGAAGACUAUCUCUCAUGGAGGGCUUUCCAGUACUUGAGACUGGACGGUAUGACGAAGGCUGAGGACCGUGGUGAGCUGCUGAAGAAGUUCAACGACGUUGGCUCGGACUAUUUCAUCUUUUUGUUGUCAACGCGCGCGGGCGGUCUUGGUCUUAACCUGCAGAGCGCAGAUACUGUCAUAAUUUUCGAUUCCGACUGGAAUCCGCACCAGGAUCUUCAAGCUCAAGAUCGUGCGCAUCGUAUCGGACAACGCAAUGAAGUUCGUGUUUUGCGUUUAAUGACUGUAAAUUCAGUGGAAGAAAGAAUUUUAGCUGCAGCCAGGUACAAACUAAAUAUGGACGAAAAAGUUAUUCAAGCUGGUAUGUUUGACCAGAAAUCUACUGGUUCAGAGCGGCAACAGUUCUUGCAAAGCAUUUUACAUCAAGAUGGAGAUGAUGAGGAGGAAGAAAAUGAAGUUCCCGAUGAUGAUUUAAUCAAUGAGAUGAUAGCUCGUUCCGAGGAGGAGCUGGAGAUCUUCAAGCAAAUCGACAUCGAACGCAAGAAAGUCGAGACGCGAACCCGACUCAUCGAUGAGUCGGAGUUGCCCGACUGGCUCGUUAAGAAUGACGACGAGGUUGUGUGCAACAAGGGCCAAGGAUGGAACUACUUGGACGAGGACGAGACAUUGGGGCGUGGGUCCCGGCAACGUAAAGAAGUUGAUUACACGGACUCGCUCACUGAGAAGGAGUGGCUGAAAGCUAUCGAUGAGGAGUUUGAAGAAGAGGAGGAGGAAGACGAUGAUGAUGAAGUGCUUGACAAGAAACGAAAGAGAGGACGAAAGCGACGUCGCCAAGAUGAUUCUGACGAAGAUGAAGUGCCGUGCUCUUCAAAAAAGAAAAGCAAAACGGAAUUAAAUCAACUCAAAAAGAGAUUGAAAAACAUUAUGAAGAAAGUAAUUGACUAUUCUGAUGAAAAUGGUAGAGUUUUAUCAGAGCCUUUUAUGAAACUACCUUCUCGGCGAGAACUACCUGACUAUUACGAUGUAAUUAAGAAACCAUUAGAUAUCAAGAAGAUUAUGAAUAGGAUUGAAGAUGGAAAAUAUACUGAUAUUUCGGAUUUGGAACGUGAUUUCUUUACGUUAUGUGCAAAUGCUCAAACUUAUAAUGAAGAAGCAUCUCUAAUUUAUGAAGAUUCAGUACGCCUACGUAAUGUUUUUAUAGAAAUUAGACGGCGCUACGAGAGCGGACAGAAUUCUGAAGAUUCUGAUGAUAAUGAUAAAGAAGAUGAAGAUUCAGAUGGGGAAUCAAAUCGUUCGGUGAAAAUGAAAAUCAAAUUAAAAAAUAAGAGUAAGAACACACCAUCAAGAAAGCGAAAACAACGCAAAUAUAUCUCGGACGAUGAAGAUUAUGAGGAAGAUUAGAUCUUACAUAUAUUGAACACAAAACUUUUUUGAACAAUUGAAUAUUAGAUGUAAAACUGUUGCACCAGUUUUAAUAUUACCUUAACAGUAUCCAAUUUUAAAUAUUUAUGUAUAACAUCAAAGUUAAAUAACUAAAUGCUUAUUUAUUAGUAAUUCAACUUAAAAUUCAAGAAUUACUUUAUUGUAAGACAAUAUAUACCUUAGCACAUCGCUAAAGAACGAGAUUAUAUAUAAGAAUUAACCAGAAAAAAAAAACGUGAAUGUGGUUAUAAGACUUUUUAUCUAGCUAUUUUUAAAGCAUAAAUGUUUUAAUUAAACAUCUUUUGGAAAUACUUUUACUAAAAAUGUCUAAAUAUUACACAUAUACAUAAUAUAUAAAUCUUUUCAUUUUAAUAGACAACUGUAAGAGUGAAUAUUUAAAAAAAAUAGAAUGAGCUGUAUCUCUAAACAUUUGAAAAAAAUUAUGCCCUUAAAAAAGAAGAAUUAUAAGCUUAAAUGAUAAAUUGGUUUUUAAGGAUAUUUCUUAUGUU